UGCGCCACUUGGAAUCAUUUGUUUUCCCACGAUACCGUCCUGUAAUUUUCUCUCUUUUUUCCCUUUCUCUUCACACCUUUUUAAAAAGAAAAUGACUGCUGACAUCUCCUCAAACGAAUUCAAUCACAUUGCAAGGUAACGUUGAUGAAUUGACCCACACUCUACGUUCUUCUUUACUUUCUCUCUCCCCUGUAUUCACGCAACACUUCUUUCGUCCUAUGCACAGCACUCCUCGUCCCAAGAUCUUGAACACCGUUCUCGAAAAUAUUGGCCAGACGCCUCUCGUUCGGAUAAACAAGAUUGGAAAGGAAGAAGGAUUAAAAUGCGAACUUUUGGCCAAGUGUGAAUUCUUCAAUGCUGGUGGAUCAGUCAAGGACCGUAUUGCCAAGCGUAUGAUUGAAGAGGCUGAGGCUUCGGGAUUGAUCAAACCUGGCGUCAGCACUAUCAUUGAACCCACUUCUGGCAACACUGGUAUCGGUCUUGCAUUGGCUGCAGCUGUCAAGGGCUAUCGAGUUAUCAUCACUUUGCCUGAAAAAAUGUCCCAAGAAAAGGUCGACGUGCUCAAGGCUUUGGGCGCCGAAAUCAUUCGUACACCGACUGAAGCCGCUUGGGAUGCUCCCGAGUCCCACAUUGGCGUUGCCAAAAAGUUGCGUGACGAGAUCCCUAAUGCCGUUAUCCUUGACCAGUACGCCAACCCAUACAACCCUAUUGCUCACUAUGAUACCACUGCCGAAGAAAUUCUCGAGUCCUGUGAUGGCAAGCUGGAUAUGCUUGUCGCUGGUGCAGGCACGGGCGGUACCAUUAGCGGUAUUGCCAAGAAGAUCAAGGAAAAGUGCCCUGACUGUAAGAUUGUGGGUGUCGACCCACACGGCUCGAUCCUUGCUGUGCCAGAGUCGCUCAACACUGCCACAGGCUCAUACCAAGUGGAAGGUAUUGGCUACGAUUUCAUUCCCGAGGUGUUGCAGCGUGGAUUGGUGGAUGAAUGGUUCAAGUCGGAGGACAAGGCCUCGUUCUUGAUGGCCCGUCGCUUGAUUCGUGCAGAAGGUAUCUUGUGCGGUGGCUCGUCAGGCACUGCCAUGUCCGCCGCUGUGCAGGUCGCCAAGGGCUUGAAGGAAGGCCAGCGAUGUGUUGUGAUUUUGCCGGACUCUGUGCGCAACUACAUGACCAAGUUCUUGAACGACGACUGGAUGCGCGAGGGUGGUUUCACGGAUGAAAAGUUCGAGUCGCAGAGCUUUGAAAAGAAGGCAGAGAAGGACUAUGACGGUGCCAAGGUCGCGGAUUUGAAGCUCAAGGAGGCUGUCACCACUGAUAGCGAGACGACGUGCAAAGAGGCCAUUGAGUUGAUGGAAAAGAACGCAUUCGACCAAUUGCCAGUCACAGCUGGCCCUCAGCAGCGCUUGAAGGGUUUGGUAACGCUGGGCAACAUCUUGUCCCGGGUUGCCUCCAAGCGUGCAGCCCUGACAAGCCCCGUCGCGGACGUCAUGUUCCACUUUGAUCAGCACACAAAGAAGUUUGAGGAAAUUACCAGUGACACGCCCCUGGAUCAGCUGACCCGUUUCUUCGAGAACCACUCCAGCGCUCUUGUCACCGACCGAUCAGGCGACGUGCUCAAGGUCAAGCAUGUCGUCACCAAGGUCGACUUGCUUGCCUACCUAGUCAAGAAGGCAUAGAUUGCUAUAGUUCGUGUGUAUAUUUUGUGUGGGAGUUGUGCGUGAAGAGAGAGAGUGUGUGUGUUCAUCUAUUUAUCAAAAAAAAUCAAGAGUUACGAGUUAGCUUUUGUAACUCACAAAAAAUGAAACCCCGCCCUUUCCAUGUAAAUCCACAGACAGAAAAAGAGAGAGAGAGAAAGCAAGUACUUACGCAAAGCAUUCCCCAAAUUCA